AUGGAGUCCAUGGUCAAGGAAUGGACGACUUUCUUGGACAGGUGCCUCGAGCGCCGCGUUCAGCCUGACCUGUUCGCUGCAGCCGUCGCGCAGCUGCACGCGAAGUCUCCACUGCCUGGCCGGAAGCUUGCUGCCCUUGUACUUCGACCACGCGUUGCAGGAUCCAGCAAUGUCGACCCGCGCUCCAUCGUCUUCCUCGAGCAGCUACUAGCGCUGAAGAAGGUCGAUGCUUCUGAUGUUCUAACGCUGACGUUCUUGUACUCCAAGGACCGGCUUCCGGUCAAGACAGGCGACGAGAAACCGACCAAGGAGCCGCAAUGGGACAAUCCACCAGAACUCGAGGAAAUUGUCUUCCACCGCUUACACAAGGCUUUUGCUGCCGAAGAACGGCCUAUCAACAAUACCGAAGGCUUGCGCACGCUUAUUGUUGUAACAAGAUGGAUGCAGGCGAUGGUCACUUCACAUACCAGUGAUACCAUGAUCCAGGCCAUGGCUGGUAUCCAACAACCACAACAACACUCUAUCAAUGUCCGGGAAGGGCUUGCUAUGCUUGUGAUUGGCAUAAUAGAAAACCCAAGAAUUCUGCGGAUACUGAAUAAUCCCAAGGGGAAAGAUAUACGCAAACAUUUUAUCCAGUCAUUCUCUUCAUUUAUCCCAUUUCUCUCCAACAACUCGGGCGGAUCGCAUCAGUCGUUGCAACUAGCUGAAAGACUUGAGCUCUCGCAAAAACGACACGACUUUUAUGAGAAGCUUCCCAACAUGAACGGAGAGGGAAACAGGAGCGCCGGUCUUGAAGUCGCUGCACUCCAGCUCGAUGCCGUAAUGGAGCUUCCACAGGUGAAUACACGAGCUGGUCUCUACGUAUUUUUGAACGCCUUGCUUGUCGCGCGGCCUCUUACCGAUGAUUUCAUCAUUAUCAAUUAUCUCCAUUCGCGAUACAAGUUGGAAGCACAAAACAUGGCCACAGACUUGAUCACCGCCGCUUUCGAUGUCCUUGCCAACGCCAUGUAUCGCAGUGAACCAACGCAGACAAUGUUUCCCCUGAAAUCAUUCCUGAUCAACAAAGUACCCCUACUCCUCGUGCAAAUCUCCGGGUCGAUAUUUCCGAUGACACCAGAAAUGUGCAUCACACAAGCACUCAGUCACGUGGAUCCCCAUGCUUUCCCAUCUUUCUCGCAGGGGUUCGACGAUAUCAUGGGAAGUAACAACUCUCUCUCUGAUGUCAAGCAAGACUUCCUUAAUGCCUGCGCGCUCCAUGGGCUCAUUCCGGCGGGUGCUGUAGAGCGGUUGCUUGGCGAAGCUCCUAUGCAAGGUCCUCCAUCGAAGAGAUACGAGAGGAAGGAGUUACUAAGCCAGUGCAAGUCGAACUUCGACAAAGUCAGCGCAUACAUUGACGAGCUUGAGAGCCUGGAUGGAAAUGCCGGGGCCAUCGUCGCUGCUGUUACAGAUUUCAUAGCACAUCUCUGCGAAACACAAACAACCAUGUACUUGAAGCAACUGUCCUCGUUGAUAUUCAGAAAACCGCAGGCAAUGGAUGUCAUGCUUCAAUUCACUUCGCCGGCAAGCAUCCUGCGGCCACUAUGCCAAUUCCUCGAUGAGUGGCACUAUGACAGCGAUCAAGGUGAAUACCAACCAGUCUACGACGAGUUUGGCGCAAUACUUGUCCUCGUUAUGGCCUUCGUAUAUCGCUAUGAUCUUACAUAUCACGACAUUGGCAUCCGGCAUGAUACAUUUAUCGCCAAGCUUAUGAAACGCGGCCACCAUAGCAUGCUCCCCGAUGAGUUGAGCGAAGAACAGGGUAAGCAUCUCGGCAACUGGCUUAAAGGGCUCUAUGAUGCCGACAAGGAAGGGCUGAGCAAUGAGGUGUUUGCAUCCUGUCGGCCACAGGAUUUCUAUCUUAUAGUUCCGACACUUUUCAGGCAGACUGUUGUGGCAUGCUCGACAGGCGUACUGUCAUUUGAGUCUGUCAAAGGUGGCUUGGAAUAUCUCGGAGAGACUUUCUUACUACCAUCUUUGAUUGAAGGUCUCACGUGGAUGGCCUCCUACGCGCUUCUUCAAACACACAAGGACCUCGACUCAAUGAUACGCAUUUUCAAUGAAAUCAUACUGACGACUCCUUCUUCUGGCGAUGCACAAGCUAUGCACUCGACUAUAAUAGCGAUGGUGGCUAGUCGCCUGGAGAAAUGCUUCCGUACGCUACAGCGGCGCGAGCCAAAUCGCACGACACUUGAGCCUUUCAUCCAGGCAAUCAAGGUGCAUGCACACUACGAACGAUCCAUAUACGCUAGCUUGAAGGAAGUGGACCAGUGGACGAAUGCGCCGAACAGCACUUUGAACACGUCUCUACGGCAUACAAUACAACAACUAUGUCAAUGGGCUUCGACUUCUUCGUUACAGCCAAACCCACCUGGCUAUACACAUCGCCAAAUCUACGCAUCGCUGAAGAUGCUUGGUGCCACCAGGACGCUACGCGCAAUCAUAGACGAGGUAAAAGCGCAGACAGAUGCUGGCAACGGAGCCGCUGCGCUCGACAUUGGCGUGUCUAUCAUCUGCGCCCCGACCGUUGAAGACAGUCCGAUCACGAUAGACUGGAUGGGAAGCUCGAUAUCAGCGCCGCCUCAACAACGGACCCGCAUGAAUCUCCGCGAGAUGCUCAAGCAGGAAUUCGAGAGCGCAGCCAAUCUGGUCGCGACAGAUCCUCUGACUGCGGAGACAAUAGUGCGUCUACACCGCCGAGUGGAAGCGCACUUUGCCUCCCUCAGCGAAGCCGGACUCCAAGCACCACCCAUCAACAUACCGAGCGUCAACAUCGGGGACAUGCAAUCGCAAACUAUAUCCGAUGAUCUGAACCGAGCUAUCGACGAUGCAGCAGCCGCGACGGUGGUAGACGACAUUUCCAACAUGGACAACAAAGCGCUGCAACGCAGUAUGGACGAACUCACUGGUGCCGAAGGCUUGGACCUGUCAAACAUCGGCAUGGGCAAUGGCGAUGCAGGCGCAGGCGAUAUGAGCACAGACCUGGGCAGCUUGCCUGGUAUGGAUCUGGGUGACAUGGGUAGUAUGGGCAUGGAUAUGGAUAUGGACAUGAACAUGGAUAUGGGUGGUGGCGGAGGAGAUGACGACUGGGGUCUGGAUUUCGAUAACAUGUAG